UCUUCGUCGCGCCCUAGUAUAUUAAGCAUUAGCGCCGUCCCAGAGUGAAGCUAUCUUCCUCUGCUUCAACGAAGCUCUCGACUUAAAAAUCUCAAAUAAUCUUCAAGAUGGAUCAUGCGAAGCUCCAGAAGAUGGCUGGUGCAGUGCGCACUGGUGGAAAAGGUAGCGUGAGAAGGAAGAAGAAGGCUGUUCACAAGACAACUACCACAGAUGAUAAACGGCUUCAAAGUACCUUGAAAAGAAUAGGAGUUAAUGCUAUUCCUGCAAUUGAGGAAGUUAAUAUCUUCAAGGAUGAUAUAGUUAUUCAGUUUGUUAAUCCGAAAGUUCAGGCUUCUAUUGCCGCAAACACAUGGGUUGUUAGUGGUUCUCCUCAAACGAAAAAAUUGCAGGAUAUUCUCCCUGGAAUUAUUAACCAAUUGGGGCCCGAUAAUUUGGACAAUCUGAGGAAGUUGGCGGAGCAGUUCCAGAAGCAAGCACCUGGAGAAGCCGCAGCAGCAGCCAAUGCAGAGGAUGAUGACGACGACGUACCCGACCUUGUCGAAGGACAAACCUUCGAAGCUGCUGCUGAAGAGAGUAAAGCCUCAUAGAUAGGAGCUCGCUCUCAGAUGAUUUUAAUUAGCCUUUUUCUUUUUACAUAUUUUUAAUGUUGGGAAGAGUUCAUUUUUCUCCUUGUAUUUCUUUUUGUUAAUCUUUGUUGCCCAUGGCAUUUCUACUCACCCCUGCCCCCAUGUAACCCCUAGAUGCAUGAAUUUUUGGUUGCUGCCCCUUUCAACCUCCUUAAUUCAUGUGGAGAAUGCUUUUCUUAUUUAGGUGCGGAAUUAAUGGCUACCCCCCAGCCUCCUUACCUAAAGAAAAAAAUUUGGGGAUUUAAACUUGAGCCAACUUUGUAUUCGAAUAUGGUAAGGUGUAUGCUUAUUAAAUAGUCCUUUACCCUCUUUUUUCUCUU